AUGCCGACCGCCGGGCUCAAGACAAUCAUCGCCCUCUCCUUCGUCCUCGCCGUCGGAUUCCUCCUCGUUAUCCUCUCUUGCGCCCUCUGGAAGGUCUACUACCCGCUCCUCGUCGUCGCCACAUACGUCCUGGCCCCGAUCCCCAACUGGAUCUGCUCGCGAUGCGCCAACCCUGAUGAUUUCGUCGAGAGCUCCGGCGCCGCCGUGCUGGACCUCGGCCGCUUCUGCACCGGCUUCCUGGUCGUAAUGGGAAUUGCUCUGCCCGUCGUUCUCGCGCACUCCAAUCUCAUCCAGGUCGAGGCCAUGGUCAUGUCGAUAAUCGGCGGUCUCCUCAUCUACGGCACCAUCAUCAGCUUCGGCAUGUUCUUCCAGGAAGAGCAAGAGUUUUAA